CGAGACCUCCGUGUCGACCGUCAAAAGCUCAAGCCACGACUCUCAAAUCGACAGCCUGAAAGGAGGAACAUCUGCCAACCCACGCCUGCUUAAAACGCCAAGAAGGAGACCAGUCCCCGUCAUCCCACCACCACCAUGUCCACACUCUUCAACGUUGCCUUGCUGCUCUUCAUCAUCAACGCCUUUACCGCCCUCUUCUUCUUCUUCGACAAAGAACGAUCUCUUAAACAAGGAUGUGGGUGUGACGUCGUGAAGAUGGCUGCUGAUCGUCUACCUGGAUUUUUUUCUCUGUGUUUCUUUCGACGUUCUGUUCCUGCCGUUAUGGUGACUCGUUUUUCGGUGACAAGCAGAUCGCCGCUCUCGGAAGCGUACUGGUGGGUACCAGCAAAUUUGUGAAGUGUUCCCUAAUUGGUGUGGGAAAAUGUGAGCACAG